UCCUGUUUUUAAAUUUGAUUAUCAUGCAUUCAACUACUCUAUUCUUCGUUGUUUUUGGUAUCUUGGUGGCUGUAUCGUUGGCGUUUGAUGACUUGAAUCAUCCGAAGAACUUACAAUGGAGAUCUUCAGAAGGAAGCCGUGUUAAACGAUGGGGUGGCUGGGGAGGCGGAUACCCAGGAGGUUACGGAGGUGGUUAUCCAGGUGGAUACAGUGGCUAUGGUGGUGGAUAUCCUGGAAUGUAUGGUGGUGGAAUGGGUGGAAGCUAUGGGAGCAGCUCAUGGGGAAGCUACUCGAGCUCAAGAUCUGGAGGAUUUAGCAGUUUUAAUAAUGGAUACUAUGGACGAUAAGUCGGUUCUCAAUUCUGAUCUCACUGUUUUAAAUAUGAAAUUUCGUUUGUAUAAAUUCGUUGAUUAAA